AUGGCGCAGACGAUCUUCGAAGCCCUGGAGGGGAUGGACAAUCAGACCGUCCUGGCUGUCCAGUCAUUGUUGGAUGGCCAGGGAGCAGUUCCUGAUCCCACAGGCCAGAAUGUCAAUGCACCUCCUGCCAUCCAGCCGUUAGAUGAUGAAGAUGUCUUUCUCUGCGGGAAGUGUAAGAAGCAGUUCAACUCGCUGCCGGCAUUUAUGACCCAUAAGCGGGAACAGUGUCAGGGGAAUGCCCCGCCCUUGGCCACGGUCUCGCUGGCCACCAACAGCAUCUACACCCCUUCAGCAGCACCCACAGCCGUUCAGCAGGCCCCGCCUCCUGCCAGUCGCCAGAUCUCCACGUACAUCACAGUGCCCCCAUCCCCACUGAUCCAGACCCUGGUGCAGGGGAACAUCUUGGUGAGUGAUGACGUGCUCAUGUCUGCCAUGUCGGCCUUCACAUCCCUGGACCAGCCCAUGCCCCAGGGCCCCCCACCCGUGCAGAGCAGCCUGAACAUGCAUUCUGCACCCAGCUACCUCACCCAGCCUCCACCACCUCCUCCACCCCCUCCACCACUACCGCCUCCCCCACCUCCCCAGCCCCCACCACCCCCACCCCAGAGCCUGGGCCCCCCUGGGCGUCCCAACCCUGGUGGGAAUGGCGUGGUAGAGGUGUACAGUGCCACUGCCCCCCUGGCCGGAAGUGGAACGGUGGAGAUCCAGGCAUUGGGGAUGCAGCCCUACCCACCCCUGGAGGUGCCAAACCAGUGUGUGGAGGCUCCGGUGUAUGCCACUCCCCCAGUGUACAGCCCGGGCAAACAGGGAUUCAAACCGAAAGGACCAAACCCCGCUGCCCCCAUGACCAGCGCCACCGGUGGCACGGUGGCCUCCUUUGACCCUCCACCAACACUGAAGACCCGACGGGCCAAAGGUGACAGUGGACUCCCAGAAGCUGCAGGGAAGCCAAAGGCUCAGAAACUCAAGUGCUCAUACUGUGACAAGUCAUUCACCAAAAACUUCGACCUACAGCAGCAUAUCCGAAGCCACACCGGUGAGAAGCCCUUCCAGUGCAUUGCGUGUGGCCGUGCCUUUGCCCAGAAGUCUAAUGUCAAGAAACACAUGCAGACUCACAAGGUGUGGCCCCCAGGGCGCAGCGGUGGCACUGUCUCUCGGAACUCUGUGACUGUGCAGGUCAUGGCCCUGAACCCCAGCAGGCAGGAAGACGAGGAAAGCACAGGGUUGGGCCAGACCCUGUCAAGCACCCCUCAGGCCCAGACCUUGCCUACAGCAGGUGAGGAUGAGGGGAACAAGCUGGAGACGAAGCAGGUGGUCCUCAUUGAUAGCUCCUAUCUGUGCCAGUUCUGCCCCAGCAAGUUCAGCACCUACUUCCAGCUCAAGUCUCACAUGACCCAGCAUAAAAAUGAGCAGGUAUACAAAUGUGUGGUCAAGAGCUGUGCCCAGACGUUCCCAAAGCUCGACACAUUUCUGGAGCACAUCAAGAGUCACCAGGAGGAGCUGAGCUACCGCUGCCACCUCUGUGGCAAGGACUUCCCCUCGCUGUACGACCUGGGCGUUCACCAGUACUCCCACAGCCUCCUGCCGCAGCACAGCCCCAAGAAGGAUAGCGCUAUCUACAAGUGUGUCAAAUGCGUCAACAAAUACUCCACCCCUGAGGCCCUCGAGCACCACCUGCAGACUGCUACUCACAACUUCCCUUGCCCGCACUGCCAAAAGGUAUUUCCUUGUGAACGCUACCUGCGGCGUCACCUGCCCACCCAUGGCAGCGGGGGCAAGUUCAAGUGCCAGGUAUGCAAGAAGUUUUUCCGGCGGGAGCACUACCUCAAGCUGCACGCUCACAUCCACUCAGGUGAGAAGCCCUACAAAUGCUCAGUGUGUGAGUCUGCAUUCAACCGCAAGGACAAACUGAAGAGACACAUGUUGAUCCAUGAGCCAUUCAAGAAAUACAAAUGCCCCUUCUCGACACACACAGGCUGCAGUAAGGAGUUCAACCGGCCGGACAAGCUGAAGGCCCACAUCCUGUCUCACUCCGGCAUGAAGCUCCACAAGUGCACCCUGUGCAGCAAGUCCUUCAGCCGCCGCGCCCACCUUGCCGAGCACCAGCGUGCCCACACUGGCAACUACAAGUUCCACUGUGCUGGCUGCGCCAAGGGCUUUUCCCGGCACAAGUACCUCAAGGAUCACCGCUGCUGCCUCGGCCCCCAAAAGGACAAGGACCUGCAAGCCCGGCGGCCUCCUCGGAGGAGGGCAGCCCCCCACAGUGGCAGCAGUGGUGGGCGCAAGAUGGAGACCUCCCUACCUGACCCGCUGGGGCUGGAGGAGCUGAAAGACACAGGGGCCGUGGCAGUGCCUGAGACCACCCCAGGCAAGCCACCCUUUGCCGAGCCGGAUGCCGUGCUGUCCAUCAUGGUGGGUGGCUCGGUGGGCGGAGAGCCCGAGCUGGUGGUGCCUGGGCAUGCCGAAGGGCUGGGCUCCAACCUAGCACUUGCAGAGCUGCAGGCAGGGCCCGAGGGCCCGUGUGCCAUGCUUGCGGUCCCCGUCUAUAUCCAGGCCUCGGAGUAAUGGACCCAUGUUUUUGCUCCCAUGCACUCGCCUGAUGUUUGUGUUGGGCCCGGGGCCUCUGUGGGCAGACUAGAGAUCCUUCCCAAUGGAAGCGAGCCUUCGGCAGAAAUCCUUUUGGAAUGUCAUUUGUAAGCCCUGACUCGUGGCUGCCCUCUUGUGUCCUCUGUCCUAAUGGAGAGCCCCUUAGCAUUCUGGGGUUUGGAGUGGGGCUAUCUAUGAGGGCCAUGGCAAGAGAUGGCUGGAGCCUGAUCAGCUCAGGGUCUGGCUGGUCAGGAUGGCAGUUGGCGGCCUAAGAGAGAAGACAGGGCCGUCCUGCCCACUGAUCUGCUUCAGUGGCCUCUUGUCAGGCUGUUUUUCUGGAGGCGUGAUGUGGUUGGAGCCUUUAUCUUUGGGACCUUUUUACAUAUGCUUCCUCACAGCAUCCUCAAGACCACUGUGAUGUAAGCAUUUAGGAGGCAUUCAAGUGUCGUGGUUAAGAGUGCAAGUAGCAGCCACAUCUGACUUCAAAUCCAAGUGUUGCCACUCACCCACUGUGUGACCUUGAGCAAGUUACUUCACGUCUCUGAGUCUUGUGUUCCUUGUCUGUGCAAUGGGGCUUAUAAUAGUACUACCUCAUAGGGUUGUCAUGGGGAUCCAGAAUGAUGAAAUGUGUAAAGGGUUUGGCGUGGUGCCUGAUGCUUGGAAAGUGCUCAGUAAAUGUGUUUAUCACAAUUAUGUGUCCAGGUGGUUCAGGCCCGAGCCUUGGCAGUUUCUUUCUUAGCUCCUAGGUGGCAACACUCUCCCCUCCAAAGCUGUGGGUCCCAGGGCCCCUCCCACGCAUCUGAUUCCUGGGUCUUGGCUGCCUCCAUUAGCAAUGAGCAGGUUUGGUGCUCCCAGAACAGGGUUUUUAUAGAACAUGGUCCAAGGAAAUCCAGGGGAGGGGGUUUAUACUCACUUUGGAAAAUUCAGGAUCCUAGGUCUAACCUCAAACUCUGUGGAAUUAGAAAUUCCCAGAACCAGAAGUUCAUCUGGAGCAAGCCUCAAGAUGGUCAUAAUG